AGACAAGACUUCGAUUUUAAAUGAGAGACGGUAGUUCCUUCUCCCAGAAACCCACAACUGACCCCAGCUGUGAGGUCGGGGCUCUGGGUGACACGAGACACCUUUCCAGCUAACUUAGUCAAUAGAUUUUGAGCUCCAACUGCCUCUCAUCGACAGCUGUUUCAUGGGAACCCAGGAGGGAGAGAGAGAUUGGGUAGAUGUGGCAAAUGAUCUACUCAGCAAGUUUCCCAUAAAGCUACGGCUGAGGAAACUGACGGACUGUGACACAAAUGUCUUCAUUGCUCUGUAUGAAAACAUCUUGGGGGAGAAAGUCCCAGAUUACAUUACAGUGCCAUGCAGUCAAGAGGAUAACGUCCAUAACGUUCAGUCUGUGAUUGAUUCACUCUCCCUGGAUUACCUUCAGAUCAGUCUCUCACACAUUACAGGAGAAAAUGUCGUCAGUGGCGACAAAGAGUCUAUCUCGAACCUCCUGGAAAUCUUCGAUGGCCUCCUGGAAUAUCUCAAGGAGGAGAUAAGCGAGGAGUCACAGAACGGUGAAGAACUUAAUGACAGUGUCAAUGUGGAUGUGCCUGAUGAAACCAAGGAGUCCACCAGCUGCAAUGCCACACAGCAGAAGGAGACCAAACUGGAUGGACAAUCGUUGUUAUCCAGUGGAGAGUCCGCUGUCCAUUCCAGUAAAGAUUCCCUCCAUACCUGGAAUGCUGAGGAGAUGGGAUCAGCGAGUGAGCUCAUUGGGCUGGGAGUCUCAGCACGCACAUUCACAGGCAAACUAGAAGGGCUGGCCGUCCCUCCCCAAACCUCGGAUGCAGUCACCACCUCUGGUCCUCUGGCCUCCCAGGAUGCACCGCUGGCUGAACCGCUGCCCUUAGCCGUCGCUCUGCAGCCUCCCUCUCAGAGCAACGGGCCCACAGACCCAACAGCUGCUGGCUUCAGCCAAAGGCCGGCAGAGGAGGGAGCCGCUCUUGUCACUACAGAGACCUCUAAACCGCCAGCUGAGGCAGUUGUUACCAACGGACUACAGUCUCCUCCUCCCCAGUCUCCAGGUGCGAGGGAGAAGUCUUUGUCCAGUCAGCAGAGAGCCGGGACAGAAUCAGUGGGGGAGACACUAGCGCCGACCAAUGCCAGGAGGGUUUUAUUCCGCACCAAGCCGGAUGUGCUCUUCCUCAACCUGCAGGAUGAGAGGACAGUCACAACCCAUUCUCCGCCAGACACUGAGGAGGAAGAGCAAGAUGAGGAGUUUCUAGGUUAUAAACUAAAACAACCGGACAGCAGGAUAGAUCACAGAGAUGGGACAGGCCUCAGUAGCAGGUUGGAGGAGCCUCUGUUGUAUCGCAGACAGAGGAACAAGCAAGCAGAAGAGGAGCUGCAUCACAUAUCUGAAAACCUUUCCUAUAGACUUGAGGAACUCGAUCAGAUGCUCAAACGAGUUCUGGGGGAAAGUGGAGAGUCCAGCGAAGUCCGAGAAGAGGACAAGCAGUCCCACCACAGCGACAGCAUCAUGGAGUGCGGCAGGACUCCCAGACAACACGCAGUUUUAGGAACAACUGAGGGUGAACCCACCCACCGGACACGCUCUUUAUCCCCCUCCCCUCCACGGGUCCGUCGCUCCCUGCACGGACAGUUAGAAGAUGCCAUGGCAGAGGCCUUGAGUCUAGAUGAUGGGAGACAAACCAACCUUGCAGCUUCUGAUCUUUCAAAGCGAGGAGAGCUACACCACAGACCGUCUCACAGAAAACAUAGCAAGUAUGUGGAGAAUGAGGCCUUUGAGGAAGAGUUGAAAAGAUAUGAAGACAAAGAACGGGCAGAUCUAGAGCAGGCACGCCUCAAAGCUCAACAAGCCGAGCGACAGUAUAGAGAGGCCAUACUGGAGGAUGUUUCCGACGCCCCCAGACUGUCUCCAGCAAGAACGAAGGCCCAGCGUAGUUCACAACGCAACAUACAAACCACACCAGGACGGAGAUGGCAGGAGGCCCCCAGGAAAGCUCCUUCAAUGAAGGUGAAGGAGAAUGAACUCCUUCCUGUGCUCCUUGAGGAGUUGCCCCACCUUCACAUCUCCCCCCACGCCCUGGGUCGGAUGUGGGAGCAGCAGAUGCAGCAGGUGGACAGACUCCAUGCCCUGACAUCCCCUCAUAGCCAGCGUCGCAGCAAACUCUCAAGCCAGGUGGAAGAAGCCCAGAGGAAACAUGACCUGCUGGUGGAGAUCAUCCGUAAAGAUAAGGACCACAACAGGCGUCUGAGGGAUUUUAAAGAGCGCAUCCAACAGCAGAAGUCGACCCAGAACAGACUGAGGGAACAGCGGCAGCAGAUGGCACGCGCCAAGAAGUACCACAGCGACUACCACGUCCAGCACCGGGCCCGUCUGAUGAGGGCACGCACCCAGGAGGAGAAGGUGUUUCGUCAGUUGUUUGAGGAGGGGUUGGAGCUCCAGAAAGUCCAGUUGAGGGAGCAGAAAGCCUACGCUAAGGAGCAGCGGCUGGAACAUCAGAGACGACACCAGGACCAGAUCAAGUCCAUGGAGAACUACUACAAAGACCAAUUUUCACUACUUGCUGAAAAACUUUCCCAAGAGCGGCAGGACAUCCAGGUUCGGAAAAAAGCUCAAGAAAAGGCUCUGCUGAAGAUGAAGCGAGAGCUGCGUUCCAGGAUGGAGCGGGAAAUCGGUGAAUUGCAGGAGAUCAUCAUCCAGAACGACGAGGACGACCAUUUCCAGGAUCUGGAGGUCCAGGCGCUGCGCAGUCGGGUCCAGAUGGCGUCCUUCCAGCACAACACCAGCUACCUGCACUGACCAGGAGGCGGCGCGCGGGGCUGUUUUAAGCUCCGCUCGAUCGCGGCUGGAUCCACGUCAUAGGAACAUGCUGCAAAAGACUUUGUUUCUGCUUUUCACCACCAAGGGUACGACGUUCUAGCUGAACAAUGGUCUCCUCGGCAUCUUCACUCAGAGAUUUGCACAAAAUAGGAAAUUAAGAACUUAUACAAGUCCUGGUGGUUAUGAAUUAACUGAACACACUCUACAAAAUGUAGCUAUUGGCUAAUUUAGCUAACUUGUUCACCUCAGCUGCUAUACGUGAACUUAACGACAUCUUGGACUUCUUCCACGGGUUUUAGUACUUGAUAACUAAGACUGUUUUGAAUUGGCUCCCUCACUGUGCAGCCUUUGUGCUGAUAUUGUAGCAAACAACUAGUAAACAUGUUCUUCCUCUUGCCAAACGGGGACCACCGAUGCAAAGUUAACAAGCAUGAAUGUCCCACUGACGUAUUUUUAACUUCCAUGUCCCCUCUCACAUGGGCGACGUCUUCCUUUUGUGAUUGAACCAUGCCAGUGGAUUAUUUAUUUUUAAGAUUUAAUGUUGUUUGGUUUUUAAUUAACCUGGUGUUGUGCUGUCCGAUCACCAGGGGCGAUGAUAAUCAAGUCUUUCAUGACUUCUCCUUCUCCUCAGAUUCAUUGAUUGUUUUUACUGUCAGAACUAAUCCUAUAGUUGUUGUUUUUAACCAAUGCAAAGGGUAGCGCUGUUAAAACACUGUCCACUAAUAUUGUAUCUAAUGAGCACACAAAUGCCCCUUCAUCAUCAUCCAUUAAAUGUGUGGAAUUGUAAACUC